AUGGAGGACACCGAGGGGCGCUGGUUUGCUUUCCACCCCACUGAGACUGACCUCAUCAUUCUUGAGAAAGGUACAGUUCCAGAGCAUCUUGCCUCCAUGGAGUGCAUCGACAAGGCGGAAACCUUGAAAGCGGUCCUUGCAGAGCUUGCUGACAAUGGCGAGGUGAAAGUGCAGCUAAGCCACAACGAGGUGACGCAAUCAGGUAUCCAGAACACCAAACAGCUGGUCUUUGUGCUUGAUGCUGUGGGUCAAAAUCCAAAGAAGAAGAAAAAGGUAGCCCUGACUGUGAAGAACUUUGGGGCCCAUGUCAAUGUGAACAAGCUCAAGUCAAACUUUGGUUCUAUGGAGCUCGCAUGGAGAUGCAGGCCGCCCCAACAUUGUUUUUUGUUGGUUCUGUGUUCUUUGAAUUGUCUCAUGCCUGAACUAUGCUUUAAAACAUGUGCACCCCCGACACUGUGCUGCAAAAUCCUUGCUGAUCAGGCUGGAAUGCAACCACGGCGAUGGAGUUAA